AUGUUAUUAAAUCCAAUAUGCAGUUAUGCACAAAUACCAGGAACGAGACAAGAACAUUGUAUAGUAACAUACAAUAAUACAAUUUAUCUAUUUGGCGGUUUCAAAAACUCAACAUCGCAAUCACUCGACCCUAAUUUCUUCUUCUCAGCCACUCUUCCAUUCACUACUGACGCGAUAUCAUGGACUCCACUUGAUACAAAAAAUGCAACAAGUGUAGCAGAUCCUGAAUGUAUCGUCGAACCGAGUUUAGGUUAUUUACUGAUAAUAGGCGGAGUCAAAGAUGUCUCCGACUUCUCAAGCAAUCCUGGGAUUCAAGUGUACAAUUUUAAAAAACAGUUGUGGAAUGAACCGAAUCUGUUGCAAAGAUUUCCACAGGAAUUUCUUGCACCAAUUUAUAGACCACGCGCAACUCUUAUAGACUCUGGGGUUAUUUUUAUUUGGGCUACUUCUUAUAAGGAGAAAAAAGCAGAUUCAUUUAUAUAUAAUCUCACUUUGACGAUAGAUGAACCAUGGCAAUGGACACCGAUUAUAAUCAAUAACACAAAAUUAAACGUGACAUGUUCACCUGGGAUCGCAAGUUCAAAAGGAAACGCAUUUAUAUUUGGUGGUUUAACAAGAGAGCUAACCGGAUUUGAACCACAUCGAGAAAUGUAUAUUUAUAACCCGAAACAUGGCUUCAUGCUCCCAAAUAUCAAUGUUCCCACAUCAAUUGGUGACGCUAUAGUCGGAAUUCUUGCUAAUAAGAUUCAUAUAAUUAUUUUGGAUGAUGGUGAUGUGACAGCUUACAAACCAAUUAUGACGGUGGAAUUUGAUCUGAAAACUUUUGAAAUGAGUCGCGUUAAGGUGCCUAAAAAAUUCACACUUAAUAGACGAAGAGCAGCAGCUACGAGCAUUUUUGGAUCGGAUGUUAUUUUGAUUCAUGGAGGUAUUGUCGGCCCAUUAGGGCAUAAUACUACAGGUGAUAUGAUAGCAUAUAACAUGACAUCCGGAAAGUGGUCAACAAAAAUCAAUAUAAUUGACCCGCCACGUCAAUAUGAUAGUUUUGAUUUACCAAAAAUAAACGGGCUCGAUUUGAACGAUGAUCCUUCGAAUACAAAAACAGAUUCUGAUCGUGAUCUUUCCACAGGUGCAUUAAUAGGCAUCAUUUUUGGCUCAGUCACAGUAUUUACAAUCAUGACUGUGCUGCUGAUACGAAUUUGGAUGGAGAAAAGACAUCAACUACGUUUAACUGAAUUGGCUGAAAUUAUUAAUAAUAAUGAUUUGGCUGCGCGAGAAAAUGCCAAAAGUAAACCGGUCAUUACUUUUGUUAAAAAUGAACAUGGCUUAUAUUUUUCUGCUGCUUCAGAAAAUCUUUAG